AUGCGUUGCAUCCCACUAACCACGCUGUUCGGAGUCGACACUAACACGCUCCCAUUCGUGACUUCCUGGCUCUUACCUCCCGCCAUUCUUGCUGCUCUGCGCGGCCUGAUCGCAACUUACAUUUUCACUACGAUAUUUUUCUUCUGGGGCUGGUAUGGCACACAUGACGACACAGCUGCUAUCGGGCAGUCGUUCAGCUUCUUCACUUGGCUGACAUACUGGGGGCUGGGCUUUUACAUGUUAUUCGCUGCUAUCCAUACCGCUUACUAUGCGCGAACGGGUCGCUCACUACUUGACCGGUGGCCACGGGCAUUGCGUGGGCUGCACAGCUUGCUGUACUCCAGCAUUACGACCUACCCAUUUCUCGUGACAAUUGUAUUCUGGGGCAUUCUUUUCCGUCCCCCUUGGUACUCGGUUACAUUUACUGGUUGGCAAAAUAUCUCCCAACACGGUCUCAAUUCCCUGUACGCCCUGCUCGAAAUUAUCUUUCCAGCCACAAAACCCCACCCCUGGAUCGCCCUUCCAUUCCUAAUUCUCGGACUACUGUUCUACCUCUGCGUCGCAUACAUAACCUACCACACGGAAGGAUUUUACCCCUACUCAUUCCUGGAUGUCGGCGACCACGGGCAGAAUAGCGCCAAAGUCACUGGCUACUGUUUCGGCGUUCUGGCCGCCAUCCUGGUCAUUUUCCUCAUUUCAUGGGCGGUGAUUCGACUGCGCUAUUGGCUGACGGGUGAUAAAGUUAAGAGAGCGAGACGGGAUCCGCUGCGCGUGAAUGAGACUGGUGUUUUGGGCGGAGAAUCGGGUGAAAUAAAGGGUGUCUCGGUUUGA